AGUACAUACCAAUACAAUGCAUACAUAGAGAAUAAUAAAGUGACGUUUUUAUUAUUCACAAAUGUCAGUAAACCUUAAAUUGUUGUUUGUGCAAAUGAGAAAUGUAUAAAGUAAUAAUUAUUUCAAUGUUAAGUACGUCUGUAUAGAAAUGGAAUGUGAAUAAAGUCAACAUGGCUUUUAUAAAUGAACCAGUGCUCAAUAUUAUAGUGGUAGGAUUCCAUCAUAAAAAGGGCUGCCAGGUGGAGCACUGUUAUCCAGAACUAAUACCAGGCCGUCCUACAGAACUCCCUGCAGCAUGGAGACAUUUACCAGCAUUGGCAUUACCUGACGGCUCCCACAAUUACCAUUCAGAUACUAUAUUUUUUAAUCUUCCUGGCCUGACUGAUCCACCACACACAGUUUAUGGAAUAUCAUGUUUCCGUCAAAUACCUGUGGAGCAAGUAAUACAAAAGACAGAGGACAUGACUAGAAGCUCGGUCCAGAAGAGUGUGUGCGUGAUAUGUCGCGCGCCGCUGUUUGGCCGCCUCGCUGUCAAGAUGGAGCUUGUGGUGCGUGCGUGGUUCCUGCAGGGAGACUUCUCCCAAACCAAGCUGCUUGAAGAUGCAUAUAAACAUUUGAACAGCUGCCCCGUGCAGAUGGACCAGGCUUUGGAAGGUUUGUCAGUCCAGCGCUUGGUUGAAGGCUGGAGACAUAAAGCGUUGCUGCUUUUCAAGCUUCUGUUGUUGAGGCGAAAGGUGUUGAUUUACGGAGCGCCCGCAGGAACCCUGUCCGCCGCCCUUCUGACGCUUGUGUCUUUGUUACCCCGCUGUGUAGAAUAUGGCCUUUCGAAAGCAGCUAAUAUAGUAUUAUCAAGACCUUUAUCUCCCAUACCCGUUCCGGUAGAGCUGGACACAUUAGAUUCCGGAAACGAUGUGUCCAACGACACGCUAGUAAAUGGCACAAGUCAGUUAGAAGAACUGUCCCCCAAGGAAACCGGAAACAUGCUAGAAGAGAAAGACAGGGUUAGUCGACAGAGUUUUGAUGAGACUAUCCUUACUGAUGUUGUGGACAGGCAAGAUUUGUCAGUGGGCAGGGAAAAGUGUCACAGUAUUGGUGAGAAAUAUAAGUCACAAAAGUCCAUCAGUGAAGCACAACAAAGUCCCACCAUGGCGAGAGACAUGAGUGUAGAUGGUCUACACAAUUUGACUAGUCAGGUAGAUCAAGCGGAGUGCGGUUUCCCCUUACCCUUAUUUGAGGAAGGCUAUCUCUGCUUACCUUAUUUGUCGUUACAAUAUUUAGAUCUGCUGUCGGACUCUGCCGUGCAAGGAUUUGUGGUAGGGGCUUCUAAUGUACUAUUCAAACAAAAGAGACAGUUGUUUGACGUUCUUGUGGAGUUGAAUGAAAUGCGGAUAGAAACGGGCGACAUGUUGCUGAGGAGACAACUGGCGCUUGGCACAGAGGACCUUCGCUUCGCCGACCACAUCGUGCGCCACGGCUCGACGCAGGGCGACGCGUGGAUACGUGACCAGUUUACUAGUUAUCUAAUUUAUCUUUUAAGGACGUCUCUUUUGCCAGAUGGUAGUCGAGAAAUUGACUCGUAUAAUGCUCAAUUUAUGUCUGCUUUUAAAGCUACACCAGCGUACGAAAAUUGGUUGAAGAAUACGAAUAAUGGAGACAUUGAAACGUUUAUGAACCUCAUACCCAUGCAUCCUUUUUCUGGUCAGUUGUCUGUGGCGGAUAUGAAGUUAAAGUUUGCACACACGAUGUCGACGACGGAGGGCGGGCGCAAGGUGACGGCGGCGGUGGCGAGCACGGGGCGCGCGGUGGCGACGACGUCGCGCGCGGUGGGCGGCGCGCUGUCGCAGGCGCGCGGCGCGCUCUCGGGCUGGUGGAGCGCGCUCACCGCGCCGCCGCCCGUCGCGCACGGCGAAGAUACAUCGACUGCCCAUUCGGACGUGGACGAGGCGGAGGACACGGCGGAGGAGGCGGACGCCGCGCCGCGACCUCUGGACGACAACAGGAACUCGGAGCGCGCCGUGAUGCCCGAGCCGCCCGACAAGGCCAUAGACGAGAACAACGCCAACCUUAGCAAAAUAACAGUUGUUUAAUGUUAACGUGUGAUAGUUACUUAGUCCUAUCGUUGCGACUCGAGGCUGUUUGUUAGUUCAUCUUGAUUGUGCGCUUCCAUCAAGCAAACAAUCAUUGUACAUAUUUAUUUAAUUAUCUCGACAGCCAAACACCUACAUGAAUUUAAUAUGAGAUUAGAUAUUGUUAUUGAUUUGUGAUCACUAUUACUCAUAGGCACAAGAUAGCUUAAUAACGAAUAUCGGUUUGCUUAAACGUAUUCUAUUUAGUAUGUGUAGAUUAUUUUAUAAUCAUUACAUACCCUUCCUAUUGUGAUAUUUAUUAAAUUAUUGAAUGAAUGUAAUUAAUGAAAUGAGUGAUGCUAUGGUUGACUUUGGAAGAAGCAUUUGGCGAACAGUAAAAAAAAUUUGCUUGGAAAAUAAAGAAUGCCGACAUUACAUGUGUCCUUUGCAAGGUUUUGUAUUGUUCAUAUUAUUAUGUCUGGCGUGUGUUGAUUGGCACCUAUUUAUUGUUUUGCACGUUGUUCAUUCUCAUGUAUUGCUAAGCUAAUGUGUAUUUAUAUCUUUAAUAUGUAAAUAUCAGUAACUGUUGGAGUCUAUACAAUUUGUGAUCUCUAAAAUUAGUUUGUUGUUGAUAUUAUUGUAUAGAUGCUAUCAAACAACUUGGCCGGGUAAGCGGGGCUAGAGCCGCAGGCAAAGCUAGCCUGUGCGCUUAGAAUUUGGCGAAAUAAAACACCACGCAGUGUCGUUUUAUUAGGAUUAGUUGAGAAGCUAACACGUGACGGCCGCAUUGGUAUCACGAUCAAUCACAAAUAUCUAAACUACAUGACAUCGACAUGAGUCGCGUUUUUUUUUCGCCAUUCUAAGGGAGCUGAUCGACUAAUUGUUCGGUUACUUCGUCGCACCGCGCGUGCGUUUCCCCGCGGACGUCUACAGUGGAUGGGUAGAGUUGAUUGAUAGCAUUUAUAAUAAAUACCUUUAGGUUCUCAUGUGUACGCGUAAGAGUAUAGCGGUCCAUUGACUAUAAUUCAUUCGCCGUGGUCAUUCCUAUGUUUUUUAACGACAUGAUUCUCGUAUAUUGUAUUAAUUAUUCGACCGAUACUUUAAAAGAGUACGCACAUUAUAUAUUUUAGUGACACAACAUCGAACUGUUCCUUCCAGGCAGAUGUUCGCCUCAUGUAUCUAUCGCACUAAAUCUCAUUAUCUUUUAUUUAAUAUUAAUCUUGUCAAUAAAAGUAUAUGUACUUAGUUUUGAAAUCCAGUUUCGUACGAAAAAAAUAUGUAAACGCUGUUAUGUGUUAUAGAGUAGGAGAAAAUAAUAAAAAAAAACAAUAAAUAUUUUGUUUUGAAUUAUUUUAUAAA